CUCUUUUUGCUAGAAUCUUUGACAUGACCGCGAGAGGAGCAGAGUCAAUCACCUCGGAAAUAAAAUAUGAUAAACAAAUAAAUUUGUAGGAAUCCAGACAAACGAGCACUUUUCAGAGAUGAACGGUGCUAGUAUGAGCUAAUUAUUCAAUUCAUAUAAUUACUUACGGUCACGACCAUGUCACAGACACUAGAAGAAAAUCUUUGACGUGACCGUGACGGAAAGAGCCGAGUGGAGCAGAAAUUCCGAGGGGAGCCGAAAGGCAGUCUGUAUUCUCCUCCAUGAAUGCGGUUGACAGUAGUCAGUUGAGUGUCACAAUACGUAAUUGUCGUAAAAAUUUGGAAAUACUGACGAAAAGCGUGUGUAAAUAAUGUGAGAGAAUGACAUCUUGGAAGUGGAUUUUAGUUUAAGUAUUAGAUUCCAUCUGUAAGUAUUAAUUAGAGCUCAUGAAGUUGCUUUAAUGGCGGCCAUGUCAUGAAGAUAUCCAGCCAGUGCGGUGGAUCUACAAUGGAAGAUAGUUCUCCGUCACAAAACCACAAUGGACAGUUGGGACCGUCUGGUGGUGCAGUCAACGUAGGAAACAAACAAAAUGAAGAACGGAGUCAAAUAACGCAAUAUUCUAUACCAGGAAUACUGCAUUUCAUUCAACAUGAGUGGGCAAGGUUCGAAAUGGAGAGAUCGCAGUGGGAAGUGGAUAGAGCCGAAUUGCAGGCCAGGAUAGCGUUUCUUCAGGGCGAAAGGAAAGGUCAAGAAAAUUUGAAAAAUGAUUUGGUCCGAAGAAUAAAAAUGUUGGAAUAUGCUCUCAAACAAGAAAGGGCAAAGUAUCAUAAAUUAAAAUAUGGUACAGAAUUACAGCAAGGUGAUGUUAAACCUCCAAUUUUUGAUGAACCAGGUGGGCCUGAAGCACCGGUUGAUGGAGAGGCCCCUUUCACUACAGUAAGCAAUGUUAGUUGGAGGCAAGGCAGGCAGCUUCUAAGACAGUACCUUCAAGAAAUUGGCUAUACAGAUACUAUAAUAGAUGUAAGAUCAAAUAGGGUCAGAGCACUACUAGGUAUCAAUAACAAUGCUGAAAAUGAAGAAAACCAGAACAAUGCUGCAGUUGUUACAAAUGUUAAUGGGAAUGAAUCUUCCAACAAACGUGCUAGUGAAAGCCAGGGACGUCGGACUCCAGCGAAGAAGGCUCCUCCGUCUUUGACAGAAGCAAUGAUUCUUGAUACAGAAGCUGCAGUUAUGUCAAGUUUUGAAUUCUUGGCUCAGGAAGAAGUUGAUAUGGAUGAUGAUGAUGACAUGAGUGAUGACUUGGAUGAAGCACCAGAUGAUGAACAGGAUGAUGUUAAGACAGCUAAGCGCAAAGGGAAGAGUCUAAUGCUGAACGAAAGUCUUACAGAUGAUGUUGAUGCUGAAGCAGAAGAAGUUUUAAAUGAACUCAAUAUGCUGACUGAAGUGGAAGAUUCAGGAGGGGAUAUACAUUCUCAAAAUGAUCCAGGUUGGAGGGGUAGAGGGUUGGGCUUCCAGGUAGGCAGCGGUCAUCGCAGGCAGCUAGGUCCAGGUCUGGGAGACGACGAGGUCCUGGAUUCAACGCUUGGUUUGGGAGAUCUGGCACAACUCACAGUAAAUAAUGAGGCGGAGGCUGCAUAUGAUAUUGCUGCAACUAAAGAGUCAUAUAGGAAGACAUGGACUGCUAAAUACACUUUACGCAGUCACUUUGAUGGGGUGCGUGCGCUGGCGUUCCACCCUGUGGAGCCUGUUCUUAUUACAGCGAGUGAAGACCAUACGUUAAAGCUGUGGAACUUACUGAAAACUGCACCUGCCAAGAAGUCUGCGUCUCUGGAUGUGGAACCUCUGUAUACGUUCCGGGGACAUACGGGCCCUGUCUUGUGUCUUGCCAUGACUGCUACAGGAGAGCAGUGCUACAGUGGUGGUCUCGAUGGUAACAUUCAUUGUUGGAACCUGCCAUGUACAAAUAUAGAUCCCUACGAUUCAUUUGAUCCAGGUGUUCUGACAGGCAGCAUGGAGGGACACACAGAUGCGGUUUGGGGUCUCAGUAUACAAAGCCAGCAGCUGCAGCUGCUUUCAUGUUCUGCUGAUGGAACGGUGAAGCUGUGGUCUCCAACUAGUAAAAUGCCUCUUCUGUCUACAUACACUUCAGAACAAGAUGGUGCUCCAACAUCAGUUGAUUUUAUUAGAGAUGAGCAGAAUCGAAUGGUGGCAGCAUACAAUUCAGCACAUUGUGUCAUUUUUGAUAUAGAAACAGGAAAACAGCUUCUACGUCUUGAGACAAGUCCAGAAGUUGACAAUAAUGUAAUGGGUCGCCAAAUAAAUUGUGUGGUGGCUCAUCCUCUUCUUCCAUUGACAAUCACUGCCCAUGAGGAUCGACAUAUUCGAUUCUUUGACAACACGACUGGCAAGCUGGUUCAUUCAAUGGUUGCUCAUUUAGACUCUGUUACAAGUCUAGCUGUUGAUCCGAAUGGCCUGUAUCUUCUCUCAGGAAGUCAUGACUGCAGUAUCCGUCUGUGGAAUCUGGAAAAUAAGACGUGUGUACAAGAAAUUACAGCUCACCGCAAGAAAUUCGACGAGAGUAUAUUUGAUGUGGCUUUCCACCCAUCCAGGCCCUACAUUGCCAGUGCAGGCGCUGAUGCACUUGCAAAGGUGUUUGUGUGAAGUUAUUGGUAAGGAACAUGAUGUACGACCAGAAAAGUGCAAGACUUUUUAGAGUGCAACACGCGUUUAUUGUUUUUAAUUUUAUUUUUUUGUUCUCGAAUCUGGUGAGUUAUUCUAAUAGGAGGGAAGAUGGACAAAGGGAGCGGAUAAGUUUUUUAUGUUCUCAGUAUAAUUUCCCUCUUUAUACCAGUACAUCCUUGUGAGUGGGACGGACAAGAGGUUAAAAUUUGAAGUGUGUUCAGAAGACUAGAACAAUAUUGUGUUUGUGUACAGUAGAUUUCUAAACUGAAAUUACUUUUCAUUGAUCUGCCACGUCGUGCUGCUUCAUUUUUGCUCAGUCUGCGCAGAACAGAUUUUCUCCCUUUACUUACUUUUUUGUGUUGAGCCCACACUCUUCUGACCAGAAUCACUACUAUAUUUGAUAACAGUGAUUCUUCAGCUGAAGAUUAUGCUGAAUGUACAAUAUAACUUUACAUCAUAAACUGUUAAGAAUGCUUUUAUUGACAGUCUCUUGAUUUUAUACACCCAGACUGACAGUAGCUAGCUCAGAGUUUUUGCAUCCCUCCCCAUUCUCACCUGCUCUAUGUGAAGAAAUUGAGGAGACAUUUUCAUUGUAAUUGUUAUGAAAAUUGUGGUAUUUCAAUUUUGUGAUUUUUUUUUCUUUUUUAAAAAGAAAGAAGACUGCACAUUGUGUGCAAUUGGUACCUAUACCCAAUUAGCACAGUAUUAAAUUAAAAAGAAUCAUAAAAUGUGUGUUUAAUUGUAAACUACUGUAUCUAAAGUAGAACUACUUUGUAGCUUCAGAAUUAAUAUAUGGUCAUUUCAUUUUUAAUCUACUUUGUAUAUUAUAUGUCAGUAAUCUAGAAUGAAACAUUUUCUAUUUACGGACUGUAAAUUUAUGUUAAACACACAAUUUCUCCUUAUUGAUAAAUAUUAAAUAUUUCAUAUAAAUUAUUUACGUGUGAAGAUUUUUUAACGACCUGAAGCCACAUUGGUUGUUGAUGACAUAAUUUGAAAUGUAUUCUUAAUAGAACAACGCCUGUACACUAAUGUGAAAAAGGCAAUUUUAGUCUUAAUUUUUUUUAUAUAUUUAGGGCUCCAGGGCUUUGUCCACUACAUAUAUCUGCUCAUGGAACAGGUGGAAUGUUAUAGAGGAGAAAAAAAUUAAGUAUAUGCAAGACUAGGACAAAACAUGACACUCAUGAAUGCAUGCAAGUUUUAUGCAUGCUAGAUAAAUAAAUGAUUAAACAAAUGAUGUAGAUGUAGGACCGCUAACUUAUUUCGUUAACUGUGUACAAAUUGUAAAUUAUCGAUCCAUAGAAAAUAAUGCACCUGUUAGUUACAGAAAAGUGUCAGGCAGAGUUGUGUAAUUUAUCACUGCACAACUUUGAACUUUUAUUUAGCCAAUAGUUUCUUGUAGGAAACCUUUGUUUCAUUGUGCAGCAUUUAUUACUAUACAAUUUUUGAUAAGUUACCAACAAAAUUAAUCUAUUCUUCCUUUUAUCUAUAGUUCCUUUGUAAUGAUAUUUAUUUUAUAAAAUAUUUUAAGAGUUGUUUAUUAUUUAUGUAUUUAUAAUGUAAAUAUCAGACGUAAUAAUACUCAUUUUAGAAAAUUGUUAAAUUUAUUUCGUACAAGCAUGUAAACAUGUAGAUGUAUAUUUAAUACUCGACCCCCUUUCUUUCUUUCUUUCUUUCUUUCGGUUGGUUUGUUCGUCAAAAUGAUGACGAAUACUUAAAGUAUAUGUAACUGCUGUUUAAAAGCUGUUGCCAAACAUCAUAUAAUUGUUAUUUAUUAGUUCUACUUGUAUUUGAAUGUUCAUAGCAUCAUGCUCCAAUUCAAAUGGCAUAAAAUCUGCUGUUUACACAUUGUUUUAAAAUUUUUAUUUAAAUGAAUAGGCAGAUUACUGUUUCUGUGAAAUAUGUGCUGUUGUAACUGUUCAGUUAUCUUUUUUUUUUCUCACAAGUUUGUUCUGCACCUGAUGACUUUUCCCUGGAAAAUUGAAGUCUUUCGUCAUUUGCUUGAUAAUACAUAUAUUUCUUCAAAUAUUUGAUCUGUUUUAUAACUUCGUUGGUGGACAUUUAUUGAUGGGGGGAGCAAAGCAUUAAAAUUUUUGUUUGUUGGUUUAUUAAUAUUUAAUUAAUGAAUUCAUUCAAUUUACCAAACCAUACCAGAAAUGAUUAUGUAGAACAUAUACGCUCUGUGACUUUUGCCAUCCGAAAUGAACAGUGCUUAGUUACACUUGUUAAUUCGUGUGGUUGAUUAUGAAAAUUUUAUUUGACAUGUAUUUUGGAUAAUCAUUGGAGCUUUGUCUGAAUAAUUUCUCAGUAGACAUCAGCGAAAGUCUCUGAAACAAACUAUCGGAGGACCAUAUUUCCCCACAGUGAUUCUUGUAACAAUUUACUCUUUUUGUUGGGGAAUUUGUAUAUGUACAUGUAAAGCAUACCAGGUUGGAAAUUCUUCAAUAUUAGGAAAUCUGGCCGACAUAAUUUUUAAAAUGCUUUAAAGACUUGCUUGUGUAAUGAUCUUAAUUUUAAUGAGAUGUCAGAUGUGAACUGGUAAUAAAUGCAGAUACAAAUGUGUAUUAGAAA